CGUGCCGGCGCGAGUACUCGUCUUCCUCGCUCACGUUUACUCAAAGAGUGUGUGUAGAGAAUAGUAUCUGUAGUAUCGAAGUGAGGGAACGAGCCGGCGUUACUAGUUGGGUCUGGCGAACGCUGCGGCGCGGUUUACGCUUUCGGGAAGGAUUGGACCUGGAAUGGAGUAAUAACGAAGCUACAUUUUUAGGAGUUUUCUGAUACGUAUCCAGUAAGUGGAGGACGUUGGACUACUGCUGUUCGCUGUUUCCCUGUCCAGUACUGUGAACGUAAGAGAAGUGGCUGUUUUCGGUUUACCGUCUUUAGCUUGGUGUUUGCUGCCGCUGUUUUCGGAGAACUAGCGAGAGAAAAAGGAAAAGAGGAGGAGGCUGUGUCGUCCCUUCUUCCGCCCGGCUUGGAGCUAUGGCGGAGCGGGGAACCCAGCUUCUCUCCCCGUCUCUGCCCUUUCUCUUUACCACGGUUCUACUGUUUCUUGCACCGGAGCCUGCCAGCACGGCUGCGAAGGGCGCCCAUCCAGGGUCUGAAGUGAGAAGGUUCACUCCACUUUACUUCUCUGUGGAACCAUCGGAUACACUAGCAAUUCGAGGCACUCCCACUAUACUGAACUGUUCAGCGCACUCAGAAACACCCCCCAAAAUUGAGUGGAGAAAAGAUGGGACUUUUUUGACUCUGGCAUCAGAUGAUCGACGCCAGCUGCUGCCUGAUGGGUCUUUGUUAAUUAGUAGUGUGGUGCAUUCCAAACACAAUAAACCAGAUGAAGGAUUUUAUCAGUGUGUGGCAACUGUGGACACCCUUGGGACCAUCAUCAGCAGGACAGCACGGCUGGAGGUAGCAGGUCUUCCAAGAUUUACUAGCCAGCCAGAGCCAUCUUCUGUCUACCAAGGCGACAGUGUGGUUGUGAACUGUGAAGCUAAUACUGACUUGGUGCAGUUUGUUAGGUGGGAGAAAGAUCGGGACACUGUUCUCUUUAGCGAUCGAUUGCUGAGGUUGCCUAGUGGUGCUUUGCUUAUCAGUAAUGCUACUGAUGAAGAUGCCGGAACUUAUCGUUGCAUUGUUGAUGUUGUGGGAGCAUCCAAAGUUAGUGAAGAAGCAGAGGUCAAGGUCCUUCCAGAAGCAGGUGUGGAACGUGCUUUGGUAUUUCUGCAACAACCGUCUCCUGUCACCAAAGUCGUUGGGCAGAAUGUGCUACUUCCUUGUGUUGCUAUGGGCUUCCCAACUCCUGUUGUUCAUUGGGCACGAAAGAAGCAGUACAUCACAGAGAGCUCUGAAAAGUUUGCAAUUGUCGGUGGAGGCAGUCUGCUGAUCAGUAACCUCACAGAAGAUGAUGCUGGGAUAUACCUUUGCAUUGCUGAAAAUGGCAAUGAAACAAUUGAAGCACAGGUGGAACUGACAAUACAAGCUCCUCCUGUAUUCCUGAAGCGUCCCAUGGACAUUUAUGCCCAUGUGUCUAGAGACAUCAUGUUUGAGUGUGAAGUUGCAGGAAAACCAACUCCAACAGUGAAAUGGGUGAAGAAUGGUGACAUGGUGUUCCCAAGUGAUUAUUUCAAAAUAAUGAAUGAACACAACUUGGAAGUUUUGGGUCUGGUGACAUCUGAUGAAGGUUUUUACCAGUGUGUUGCUGAGAAUUAUGUGGGUAAUGUACAGUCCAGCGCUCAACUCAUCGUACUGGAAUAUGAUGUUGCCAUCCCAACAUUCCCUCCUACCUCACUGACCAGUGCCACUAAUGACCAUCUAGCGUCAGCAACUACGACCGGACCACUACCCUCUGCUCCUCGAGAUGUUGUUGCUUCUAUCGUGUCAACCCGCUUUGUGAAGCUGACAUGGCGUCCUCCAGCAGAACCUCAUGGAGACAACCUCACCUACUCUGUCUUCUAUGCCAAGGUUGGAACAAACAGGGAACGUGUUGAAAAUACAAGUCAACCAGGAGAGGUACAAGUAACCAUCCAAAACCUCAUGCCUGAAACAAAGUAUGUCUUCAGAGUUGUGGCACGUAACAGACAUGGUCCUGGUGAGAGCUCUGUACCACUGAGAGUAGAAACCCAGCAUGAAGUUCAGUUACCAGGACCAGCACCAAACCUUCAAGCAUAUGCCACCAGCCCAAAUUCCAUUGCCAUCAGCUGGGAAACACCUUUGUCUGGCAAUGGAGAGAUCCAGAACUACAAGCUGUACUACACAGAGAAGGCAAUGGACAAUGAGCAGGCUGUUGAUGUUGCAGAUCUAACUUAUACAAUGAGUGGGCUAAAAAAAUUCACAGAGUACAGUUUCCGUGUAGUGGCUUAUAAUAAACAUGGCCCAGGUGUGUCUACAGAAGAUGUUAUGGCAAAAACUUUCUCAGAUGUACCAAGUGCAGCACCUCAGAACCUGACAUUGGAAGUGCGCAACUCAAAGAGUAUUUUGGUUCAGUGGCAGCCUCCUCCUCCAGGGACCCAGAAUGGGGAUAUCACUGGUUACAAAGUUCGCUAUAGGAAGGUAUCUCGCAAGACUGACGUGGUGGAAAAAUUUGGAGGGCCGCAGCUUUUCCUGCUCAUUGAUGGACUGGAACCAGGCACAGAGUACAAUUUUCGAGUUGCAGCCCUGACUGUCAAUGGCACAGGACCAUCAACAGAAUGGAUGACUGCAGAAACUUUUGAAGCUGACCUGGAUGAAUCUCGUGUUCCUGAUGUUCCCAGUUCACUACAUGUUCGACCUCUUGUUACUAGCAUUGUGGUCAGCUGGACACCACCUGACAAUGCUGACAUCGUGGUUCGGGGAUACUCCAUAGGUUAUGGUAUUGGAAGUCCUCAUGCUCAGACUAUCAAGGUGGACUACAAGCAGCGCUACUACACCAUUGACAAUCUAGACCCGAGUUCUCAUUAUGUCAUCUCAUUGAAAGCAUUUAACAAUGUUGGAGAAGGAAUUCCACUCUAUGAAAGUGCUGUGACACGACCUCAGACAGAUACUUCUGAAGAUGAUUUAUUUAUUCUUAAUGCUCCAAACACUCCAGUACCAGACCCUUCUCCUAUGUUGCCACCUGUCGGCGUGCAAGCUAUGAUAGUGAGCCACGACACCAUCCGAAUCACCUGGGCUGACAACUCGUUACCGAAGAACCAGAAGAUUACAGAUGCACGUUAUUAUACCGUACGAUGGAAAACCAACAUCCCAGCCAAUGCCAAGUAUAAGACUGCCAACACAACUACUUUGAAUUACUUGGUAACUGGCCUGAAGCCCAACACAUUGUAUGAGUUUUCAGUGAUGGUAACUAAAGGUCGAAGGUCAAGCACUUGGAGUAUGACCACUCAUGGGACCACUUUUGAAUCAAUUCCAACUUCUCCACCAAAGGAUGUGACUGUAGUGAGCAAAGAAGGAAAGCCCAAGGUUAUUAUUGUGAACUGGCAACCCCCAUCUGAAGCCAAUGGUAAAAUUACAGGGUAUAUUAUUUACUACAGUACAGAUGUAAAUGCUGAAAUUCAUGACUGGGUCAUUGAACCAGUUGUAGGGAACAGACUGACUCACCAGAUUCAGGAGUUAACCCUUGACACUACGUAUUAUUUCAAAAUCCAAGCCCGGAAUUCAAAAGGCAUGGGCCCCAUGUCUGAUGCUGUUCAGUUCAGGACUCCAAAAGCUGAGUCUCCAGAUAAAAUGCCUAAUGACCAAGCUUCUGUGUCUUCAUCCAGGCCGGGCAGCAGCUCACAGAACACAGGAGGUGAAAUAAAAACUGGUGGUUAUGGGCACAACUCCCCUUCAUUUGGAAGUCCUACUUCUGGUGGGCUGGACAACAGCGUGCUGCUUAUCAUCAUCAUCGUCUCUGUGGGAGUGGUCACCAUCAUCAUCGUAGUGGUUAUAGCUGUCCUCUGCACACGCCACACUACCACACAGCAGAAAAAGAAGCGUGCAGCUUGCAAAUCUGUAAAUGGGUCACACAAGUACAAGGGAACCUCAAAGGACAUCAAGCCACCUGACCUGUGGAUUCAUCAUGAAGGCCUGGAAAUGAAACCAAUUGAUAAAUCUCCAGAACCGAAUCCAGUCAUGACUGAAACACCAAUCCCUCGGAACUCCCAGGACAUUACUCCAGUUGACAAUUCCCUGGAUGGUAGCAUUCACCAGCGACGCAACUCAUACCGAGGACAUGAGUCUGAGGACAGCAUGUCUACCCUGGCAGGAAGGAGAGGGUUGAGGCCGAAGAUGAUGAUGCCAUUUGACACACAGCCACCACAACCUGUGAUUAGCGCUCAUCCCAUCCAUUCCCUUGAUAACCCUUAUCACCAUUUACACUCCAGCGGCCUUGCCUCCCCAACCCGCAGCUACCUUCAUCAUCAGAUCAACUCACGGCCACUUGGUAACUCCGUCCCUCAUAUAGACAGGGCACAUUCCACAGAAUCGAUUCGGAAUACACCUAGCUCUGACACUAUUCCAGCCCUGUCUUCUCAGUCUUGCUGUGGAGAACACCCAGAUCCAGACCUUGCAUCUGGACCUUACCUGACUGGCUCCCAAGAUGAAGAUUCAGGUCAGAGCCUGCCCACUGCUCAUGUACGGCCUUCCCACCCACUGAAAAGCUUUGCUGUGCCACCAGUAGCUCCUCAAGUUAGUACUGGAUUGGAUUCUGCCUUGCCAAGUACACCACUACUGGCUCAGCAAGGUCCAAGCCAUCCAGUUCACUCAGUGAAGACUGCAUCAAUUGGGACAUUAGGAAGAACACGACCACCAGUGCCGGUCACUGUUCCCAGUGCUCCCGAACCACAAGAGACCAGCAAGAUGUUAGAGGACACUGAAAAUAGCUAUGAACCGGAUGAGCUGACCAAAGAGAUGGCGCACCUGGAAGGAUUAAUGAAGGACCUGAAUGCUAUAACUACGACAUGACCUCCUGUACAAGGAAAAUGCUCCAGUCCCAGCUUGGCAAGAUUGGAACUCUCUCUUGAAAAAUAGGGCGUCACUUGAAGAGACUUUAUGUAAGAAAUGAAAUUAAUUUAAUUUCAAAACAUUGAACAAAUGCAUCAUCGUAUUAAGGCUGGUGGAGAUAAUCGUAAUAUGUGAACACUGUUUCAGUACCCAUUUAAAUUCCAUUAUCUGCUGAUGGAGGGACUUUGUAAGAUCCAUCAGACUCAACGUGGAAAACAAGGGCUUUAGCCUGGUUUUGUCAUGGGUGCCAUGGCUUGCACCACAAUCUUCAGUGUUGGAUAUUAUUCUUGUAUCUAUUUACUUGAGUGUUUUCUUUUUUUAAUUUUGUAAAACUUGGCAAAGGAAAAGAAGAGACGAACUUUUGUACUGUUUCCACUGCCAAAGUGUAAUACAGCUGCUCAUUUUUAUCAUAUGACGACAUAAAUCUUAUGUCUUUCCUGGCUGCCAGUUCAACGUGUCUUUACUACUUCCCUCAUCUGUCCUGGUAAAAGGAAGAGGAAAUGCAUUGGUGUUUUUCAUUUUCUCCUGGCUUGUUUGUUGUGCCCACCUUGUUCUCAGUGUGACAUGCCAUAAUUCUGUUGAGUGAACUGUUAUCAUUUGAAUGCUCAUUUUGAUUGUAAACUAUGAUGAUUCAGUAUUUGUGGUGCUGGGAUGGGGACAGACGAAUGAACUCUUGGAAGGACUGUCAACUAUACAACACUGAUGUGAAGCAAGCUUAGGCAUUUACUGAAAGAAGUGUUAGAUGUUAUUUUGGGGAUAAAUGAUUUUUAACCAGUUUUACAUUAACAGUUUUGCUUUCAGACUCCCCUUCUUCAGAGACAAAUGAAAAAGUCACAACUUGUCUUUUAAUGCUGUAAGUGCAUGCUGUCAGUUGUCCAGCAUAAAGAAAUAGUGAAGGUCAAAAAAACUUCUCUUGCCUAACUUUUAUACUAAAUCAAGCAAUCCUCUUUUUCUGUAAAUAGCUCCAGACAGGUAAUUAUUUAAAAUGUCAGAAUUGAUAGAAAACAGGUCAAAGAAAUGUAUUCCAUCACACUGCUUAUUGCUGUUAUGCCAUUUUGUAGUAGGAGCCCCUUUCAAGCUGCAUCGCAAAUGUGAAAUGCUCUGUAUGUUUAUUAUAGUGUUUAAUUCCUAGAUUAUGGCUACAUUGUUUACUAUAUAAAACCUUGCUGAGCUUUUUUAGCAGAAUGUUAGGUUAACUUCUUUGUAAAGCUUAAUGCCUUUGUUUUUCCCCCCAUAAAGCUGUAUUUUAUUUUUUAGAGUGACCCUACACGAUCAUAUCUAAUGGCUGCACAAAAGUACAUGUACUAUAAGUUGCUGUAUCUUCAUAAAGGCAUUGAAACUUAAUAGCUAGGAGGAUGUGCAUAAUGACCGAGAACGUUGACCCAUAUGCAGUGCAGUGCUGAGGCUGACCUGUCACUCCUGUUUGCUUCACCUCACACCACCUGUAGUGGUGAAGCAAAUUGACCUUAUUGAUUUGUAGGAGAGUAUAGCUCUCAUGCUACCUAAAAGAAAAAAAAAUGAAUUUGGAAUUUGAGUUGCAAGUGUAAUGCAACAGUGUGGUAUAUAGUUCUGUGGGACAGCAUGCAGGAUUAUUCAUAAUUUGGGUCAAAGUGACCUCUUUAGACACUACCAUGUGGCUGAAUUAACCAUCAUAUUGCCACUUUCUUUUGGAAUGUACAUCCUACAUGUGUUUAGUUGCAGUCUGCUUGUAGCAUCAAGUUUUGACCACAUUGGUAGAUUUGUACAUCUUUCAAUGAAAGUAGUACCUUACCUUAUCUUGAUGUGCAUUAUUUCCCAGUUACACAUUUCAGGGUCAUUAACAAAAAUACAUUAUUAAACAGCCUUUAAUUUUUUUCAAGGUAGGAUGGAAAAAGCAUUUCUAGUUGUACACUACAAAGACAUGUCAGCAUAUGUAAUUGUGGUUCAGUGAUUGCACAUCUUGAGUGCAGUGGGUGUGAUGUGCUUUUGCCAAGUGCCUUGAAACACAUUAGAAGAAGGCAUCAUAGCUGGUCAGAAUUCCACAUUCAGUGAGUGUCUUACAGCACGUGACAAUUGUUUUUAAUAAAUGAUUUUCUAUAUAAAAUAGAACAUAU